AUGAGGAGAUUUUUGGUUGCUAGAGAAAAUAUUGAGAAUAUGAAUGUUGUGCAACCGGAAGCCGAAUUAGAACCAUUGUUUAAUGUGGUUAAUGAGUUUAAUCCAAAUGAGAUUGUGCGUGAUCCAGGUCGUAGGAAACAAAUUAAUGAGUAUGCUCUGGAUAUUCAAGACCAAGUGAGGAUGGCAUAUAUAUUGAAGGGUCCAAUGCAACCAGAUUUGCCAAGCUUUCCUUCUACUCCAUUUGGGAGUGUUAAAAGAUCAUUUAGUAAAUCGUGGUAUAAGAAUUAUACAUGGUUAGAAUACAGUGAGAUAAAGGAUGUAGCUUAUUAUUUUUAUUGCUUUCUCUUUAAGUAA